UCAAUGGGGAGCCUAACUUUAUCUGGCCCAGUGUCAUUGAAGCUGCUGGUAUUUUUAGGGGGUGGCUUGCAGCGGCAGCAGCUGCAAAAGCAUUUACUGCCCCCCACCACCAAUUCCAGCUCACUCUCUCUCACACCACACUCUUUAGCUAUUGGACAAUGACAGUAUCAGAGCUGACGCAUAAACCAGGCACUCAGCUGAAAGGCUGUGGUCAUUUUACUCCUUGCCACCUGCAACCCAACACCAGACUGAGGGGACACAACUAAGAUAUUACUAUGACUCUGGACCACCAAAUGUGAAUGGAAGCUACCAUUUUUCUCAGCUGCGUUGGUGUUGAGUGACUAGCAGGUGCUCCAAACAAGACAAACCAGGAAAACAAGGAACAUGAGCAGAAGACUCUAAACGUGCUUCUUGAAUGCUAACCUAACCAAUGAUCAUCCAAGUAAACUGAUGCCAGCUUGUAUUUUUAAGAAUAACAUUUUAAGGCAUCACAAGAGAGACAAAUGCUAUAAAGACAGCAUUUCUUAAAGCGCUAUUUACAAAACAGAAGAAGAUCAUUUUGAGAAGAAACUUCUUCAUUCGACCCAAACAAAAGGUGACAUCACCAUGGAUAUUUUUGGUGGCGCACCUCGUGUUUUAGGCUAUCCACGUCCUGUAGUGGCCCAGUGUGGAACAGAUGCAACACUGAAGUGCCAAAUCGGUGGAGACCCACGCCCAGAUGUGAUCUGGGAACGCAAAAAUGUCCAGAUCCUGUCUGAAGGACGCUACAACAUCUCGGAUGAGGGAAAGGUUUACUUGCUGACUAUUACCAGAGUGACCCAGCAGGAUGCUGGCCAGUACAUCUGCAAGGCUAGAAAUAGCAUAGGAGAAACCUAUGCAGCAGCCUCACUUAAAGUUGAAGGAGAGGCCCAGCAACAAGAUGAGGACGCAAGACAGUUAGUGGUCAAUGGUGGGGCACAGCCUAUGCAAGAAAACGGAGAAUUUGUGGGACACCUAAAUGGCUACAAUGCAGUGCAAAAUGGUGAACACUGCAAGGCAAAUGGAGGGGAACUGAAUGGAGAAUGGAACAGCAGGCUAAGCAAAAACCAAGCAGAGGUUGAUCUGACAUCUGAUGACAGACCGCGAUUCCUCAUCAAGCCCCUGUCUCUGCGUGUGGAUCGAGGCGAAGACGCUGCCUUCUCCUGUAAAAUCUGGGGGACUCCUCUGCCAGAGGUGAUUUGGGAAAAGGAUGGGAAGAAACUCAAUGACAUCUUUGAGAGUUCUCACUUCAGCAUGAGAAAUGAAGAUGGUGGCUGGUUCCAACUCAAGAUAUAUCGGACACGUAUGCCAGAUAAAGGCGUCUACACCUGCAAGGCCGUCAACUGCCAUGGUGAGGCCCUGGCUGGGGCCGUCCUUCUUGUCGAACCUGUACCAGAGCGAGGUGACAGCAAAACAUCCUCGACUGGUCACACUAACAGCCAGUGGUCACCAAAGCACAGGGGUGGGAGGCCCAGUUUGUCAAGGAUCACAGCAGAGCCACCUGUCGAUGCAUCAAAAGUGAAGAAAUUUGCAGUAGCGGAGGGGAAACACGCCAAGUUUCGCUGCUUUGUAACAGGGAAGCCGAAACCUGAGAUCAUCUGGAAGAAAGAUGGAGUUCCCCUAGAGCCUGACAGACGUCAUCUGAUAUUUGAGGACAGAGAGGGCUACUACACCCUGAAGGUGCUGUACUGUAAAGUGCAGGACACAGGGUUGUAUGUGUGUGCAGCAUCAAACGCGCUGGGAAACACCCUAAGUGCAGUUCACCUGUCCGUCAAAGGCCCUGCCGUGCGGUUCAGGCGCCCGUUAAAAGACGUGGAGGUGAAAGAGCGGGACGUUGCCGUGCUUGAGUGUGAGGUACCUGAUGAGUCACUCCCAGCUGCCUGGUACCUGGAAGACCAGAGGCUGAUGCCCAGCAGUAAAUAUGGGAUGGAGCAGAAAGGAACCAAACGAAGACUCACUAUUCACGAUGUGGGAACAGACGAUGAUGGAGUCUACCUCUGUGAGAUGCCUGAUGGAGCAAAGAGCAUUGCUGAGCUCUCAGUUAAAGGUACUAUUGUUCGUAAGCUUCCACGAAAACUGGAGGUCCUGGAGGGUGAGAAUGCAGCCUUCUGCGUGGAGGUGGAGAACGAAGACAUGGAGGUCCACUGGUUCAAAGACGGGUUGAAGCUACAUGAAACACACCAAACAAUCCUCAAGUCUUUUGGCAAAACUCACAUUCUGGUCUUUGUCAACGUGGCCUAUCACGACUCGGGAGUUGUGACAUUUGUCGCAGGACGAUCCAAGACUUCAUCACGCCUCAAAGUCAAAGCCACACGACACUGCCCACCUAUCUGUCCGGUGGGAGUCAAAAUGGAUGUAGACAGACCCAACAGUGCGCUACUUAACUGGGAUCCCGCCCCCAGUAGUCAGACCUCCACCCGCUCUGUGUUUGUGCUGGAGAUGCAAGAAGUGGGUUCUCAGGAGUGGCAGAAGUGUUUCACCUCAGAGACCGCCACCUCAGCUGAGGUCACCGGUGACAUUGUACGAUGCGAGGGCAACUACCGUUUCAGAGUUUGCUGCAUUAACAAAUAUGGACGAAGUGGCCAUGUGGAGUUUCCCAAAGUUGUCCAUCUGGUUCCUGGGCCCAAGAUCCUCAGCCGCCUCCAAAGCUGUGAGGUUGUAGAAGGACAAGAUGCUCACUUAUCCAUUGAAUUGUCUGCCCCAAUGGUUGGAACCUGGUUUCUCAAUAGUGCUCAACUGCAGCACGGCGGACGAUAUUCAAUACAACACAAUCAAACAAAGCACUCAGUGGUGAUCCAUGAAAGUCGCAUGACAGAGGAUGAAGCAGAGGUCACCUUCAUAGCUAACGGAGUCAGGGAUUCCGCUGUGCUCAACGUUAAACCUGCCGUGAUGAAAUUCAGUCCUCUGUCAGAGUUAGACAGCAAGAAAAAGGUGGACAUAGGGGAUGCCAUUGUACUCUACUGUGAAGUCUCCCAUCCGUUUGCAAAAGUAUCCUGGUUCAAAGAUGGCAAGGAGCUUCAGGUCUCAGAUGGUCUAAACAUCCAGGCGGAUGGGAAUAUGAGGAGGAUCGUGAUCCAGUCAGCUGAGGAAUCUCACUCUGGAGUUUACACAUGUGAAACUUCAGGGGAUGUCAUCACAUUCAAUGUGGAUGUUGCAGGUCCUCCGGUGGAUUUCAGUCCGGUCGCUGAGGAUGAACUUCAUAAGAGCAGCAUGGAGUUGGACCCUGUGGUGCUGGUCUGCCAUGUCUCCAGAGAUGAUGCUGAAGUUGUGUGGUAUAAAGACGGCUGUGAGAUCAAGCCCAGUGACAACAUAACUCUGCAGGCAGAAGGAACCAUGAGGAGGUUAAUUAUCCGCUCUGCAGAAACCUCAGAUGCUGGAAGUUAUACUUGCCAGGCAGGAAACAGCAGCAUGGAGUUCACAGUCAAUGUCCGAGAGCCUCCAGUGAUGAUAGUGGAACCUAAAGACGAUGUGGUGAUUGAGAGCUACAUCUCAGAGGAGAUCCACCUGCAGUGCGAGCUGUCUCGCUCCAGGGGGAAGGUGCGAUGGUUCAAGGAUGGCCUGCAGGUGGCAGAGAGUGAAAACAUCCAGCUGAUAUCAGAAGGCCCUUACAGGAGGCUGACAAUUCUCUGCAGCUCAGAGGAGGAUGCUGGAGAAUAUGUCUGUGAAACAGAUGGAGACUCCAUCUUCUUCCAACUUGGUGUUAAAGAUCCACCAGUAAGAAUCAUUUAUCCCAGUGAAUCAGAGCUGGAACUGACUCACUUGGCAUCAGAGAGGCUGGAGCUCAGCUGUGAGAUCUCAAAGGCGGAUGCUCCUGUGCGCUGGUUCAAAGACAGUCUAGAAGUAGAGGCAGGGCACAACUUGAUCCUGGAGGUGGACGGGGCCCAACGGAGGCUCAUUAUACCCAUAACCACUGUGCACGACACGGGGGAGUAUGUAUGUGACACAGAAGAUAACUCUUUGGCUUUCCUAGUAACUAUUACAGAGCCACCAGUAACGCUAACUUGCCCCAAAGACAUAGCUGAAAAACUGGAGAGUCUUGCUGGCAAACCAGUGAUUCUAGAAAUUGAGGUGUCCCGACCAAAUGCAGAAGUCAAGUGGCUGAUAAAUGGUGAAGAAAUUCAGCAAAGCAGCAAUGUCACCAUCACAGAAGAUGGGCUCAUUCGUCGUUUGACAAUUCACUCUCCCACUCCUGAGGAUUCUGGCAAAUACACUUGUGACGCUAUGGAUGAUAAAAUUGAUUUCCAGGUUAAAGUUUCAGAGCCACCAGUAAAGAUUUUAAGAAAGUCAGAGAUCAAGAACAACCUAAAGUUCUUGAUUUCUGAUGACAUUGUGCUGGAGUGUGAGCUCUCCAGAGCCAAUGCUGUUGCCAAAUGGUACAAGGAUGGCUGUCGUGUUCAGGGUGAUGAAAGGUUCUGUGAAGAGGAAGAAGGUCCUUUCCACUCGCUCGUCAUCCUCAAUGCUGAACUCGAAGAUUCAGGAGAAUAUUUUUUGGAUGUCGGAGAUGACAGUAUCAGCUUCCAAGUUACAGUAGAAGAGCCUCCAGUGACCAUUGUUGGAAACUCAAAUGACCUUGAAUACCAGGAGAUGAUGGCAGGCGAUGACCUGAUCCUGGCCUGUGAGGUAUCUCGUGCUAAUGCCCCUGUCCAGUGGUAUUGUAAUGACAGGCUUCUCACCAGUGAUGACCGGACCUAUAUUGAAAGCUAUGGGACAUUGAGGAAAAUCAUCAUUUCCUGUGUUCAGCCUUCCGAUUCUGGAAAGUAUGUGUGUGACGCUGUGGAUGACAAGAUGGUCAGCGUUAUACGCAUUCAAGAGACUCCAGUUACAUUUGUGAACAAGGAGGAUGACAUUGUUGUGACGGGUUACGAAGCAGAGAGCGUGACCUUGACAAGCUAUGUUUCCAAGGAAAGCGCUCUAGUGCGCUGGAUGAAAGACUGGUCGCCCGUUGAAGGUGAUCGUUACCGAGCACUCAUGGAGGGCCAUAAACGCACUUUUACUAUCGAGCCUUUGAGACGCUCUGAUGCCGGCGAGUACACAUGUGACAUCAACACAGACCAGAUGCACUUCAGCCUGCUGGUGAAAGAAAUGAGAAUUAAGUUCACAAAGCCGCUUAGAGACACUGUGGCCCACGCUGAUGGUAUGGUGACCCUUCGGUGUGAGGUGUGCAAGCCAAAAGCGGACGUCCAGUGGUUAAGGAAUGGAGUAGAGGUGGUCCCAAACAGGAGAUUCUCCAUUAGGGCAGAUGGAGUCGAAAGAAGCUUGACCAUUCAUCGUCUAUCUCGAGAGGAUGCUGGCGAGUAUACCUGUGAGUCCAGAGAUGACCGGACUGUUGCAAAACUGAGGGUAGAAAUGCCCCGAGUCAUUGAGUUCCUCACUGAACUCCACAACACUACAGUGCUGGAAGGAGAAGAUGCAACCUUUAAGUGUGUGGUUUCCCCAGAGGAUGUCCAGCUGGUCUGGCUCAUGGACAAUGAGCCUAUCACUCUGGGUGAUCGUUUCCAGGCAACCCACAAUGGCCUGUGCCACACCUUGGUGAUUAAAAAGUGCCAGAUGCUGGACUGCUCAAAAAUUACAGCAGAAGCUGAAGGACAAAUGAGCAAAGCCAGCCUCAAAGUUCAGGAGGCUCAGGUCAUGUUUACUAAGAAAAUGGAAGCUGUUAUGGCAGAGGAGUUUGGUGAUGCCACCUUGGAGGCAGAGAUUAGCCUGGAGGCCGGUGAGGUCCAGUGGAUGAGGCAGGGGGUGGUUAUCCAGUCUGGUCCCCGACACACGCUGGCCCAGAACGGCUGCAAACGCAGUCUCACCAUCCACAACCUGACUCUGUCGGACAGGGGGACUUACCGGUGCGAGACUCUGCAUGACCGGACGCAGGUCAAACUCAAUGUAGAACCCCGUAAAAUCGCCAUCCGCAAAGGUCUGACUGACCAAGAAACCUUUGAACGAGAGACUGCCUCCUUUGUGGUGGAGCUGUCACACACAGAUGUGGAGGGCAGCUGGCAAAAGGACGGCAUUCGGGUCAAGCCAAACAAUCAGUGUAGGGUGAGCACCAAUGGACGAGUUCACGGCCUCACCUUGUCCAACCUUACUCUGGAGGACACAGGCACCAUCGCCUUCUCAGCUGAAGGAGUGCGCACCACAGCGAGGCUCACAGUCAAAGAAACACCAGUGUCCAUCUUGAAACCACUGGCUGAUGCCCGUGUGGAGGAGGAAUUUCCUGUCACCCUGGAGUGUGAAUUCUCCCGACAAAAUGUUGAAGUCAAAUGGUUUAAGGACGGUUCGGAGCUAAAGCCGGGGAAAAACUGUCGGAUCUACUCAAUGGGUCGUAAGAGGUUCUGUCAAAUCCUGCAGUGCUCCCGGGCAGAUUCUGGCACCUACACAUGCGACACAGGGGAAAUCAAAACGUCCUGUUCGCUGGAGGUUUAUGAGCAUGAGCUGGAGAUAGUGCAGGAUUUGGAGGAUCUUUACAUCCAGGAGGACCAGAAUGCUGUCUUCAUGUGUGAUGUUUCUCUGGAGGACGUGACAGGGGAGUGGUACAAAGACGGCCACAGGAUCCGACCAACCAGCUCCAUCAAGAUCCGCACUGAAGGGACCAAACACUUCCUGCUGAUGUGUAACAUUAAAGCUGAAGAUGCUGGAGAAAUCCGCUUUGUAGCCAGGGAUGUUGAAUCUACUGCCUACCUUGAGGUAGAGGAACUUCCAGUUUCUAUUGUAAAGCCCUUGCGAGACAGAACAGCUCUGGAGAAACAUCGUGUGAUCCUUGAAUGCACCGUCUCCUCGCCUCACUGCAGCACUACCUGGUACAAGGCAGGGGAGGAACUGGUUUCCUCAGACCGACUGGAAAUCCUGGCUGAUGGCUGCUCCCACAAACUGGUGAUUCAGCAGGUGUCUGUGGAGGAUGAGGGCACCUACAGCAUUGAGGUCGGAGAGCACACCUCCAAAGCCAAACUGAUGGUGGAAGCCCAGGCUCUUGUGAUGGUGAAAGAGCUAGAGGACGUGGAAGUGAUGGAGGGAGAGCCAGCGACUUUCCAGUGUGAGUUAUCAGUCGCCAUAAAUAAGCCUCCGGUUUGGACUUUGAAUGGAGAGAACCUUAAACCGGGGCCCUCUGUCCGCCUGGAAAACCACGGGACAGUCCACAAACUCAUCCUGAAGAGCACCAGCGUGGACAUGAGCGGCACGGUGAAGUUUACUAUGGGAAAGGCGAAGAGCAGCGCCACGCUCAACGUAACAGGAUGAUUGAAAUGUAGUAUGAUUGUGGAACCAAAGUAACACCUGAGAAAAUGAAGUGGGAAAAAAACCCAAAAAACCCCCUGUGGAAAUUGCCACUAAAACUCUUAAAUUAGACUAUACUUUUUUUUUUUACAUUGUAGAUCAUAUUUAUUUGCUGUUUACAUCACAGUAACUUUUAUUUCAAUAAAAAACUCCCAAAUAAAACCCAUUUAAAAAUUGCUCCAUGGAAACAUCUGUUGGAUUUUAAAGCCUUCUCAUAACUUCAGAGAAGCUAAAUGUGUGGAGAUUAUUUUGGGUGGAAAAUACUUGUGUAUUUGAAAAAUCCUUGGAAGCACCAGAAUGAAAAUGCUUUUAAGGAAAAAAAAUGUUUUACUUGAUCCGAGCAGUUCUAGAUGGCAACCGCUGGCUAUGUGGAUGUUUGUUUGUUUUUGUUUUUUUAAAUAAAUCUUGAGCCAUCUCUUUGUUUAUCAAGGUCAAUUGCAGCCCUGCACAGCCUUUUCUGAGUUUUCCUUCCUUUUUUUUUUUCUUUUAAAAAAA